UGUAGAGCGGAUCCUGUCAGGGUACCUGUUCAGUGGUGCAUGCGCAGUGAUGGAUGGGUGCAUGUGCAGUGAUGGCUGGGUGCAUGCGCAGUGAUGGCUGAGUUCACUUCUCCAGUCACCUGGCCCCUUCCUCACCUUUGCAGGCCUGGCGCAUUGUCUUUGAGCAUCCUGUGUUCCUGGGACGAUAUCCUACGCUGGUUUUUAAAAAUUUGUAGGACGGGAGACAAGACUUGAAACCAGAGAGUCAACUCCAAAGUUCACCAUUGCUGAAAUUUUGCCCUAUGGGGUCAUAAUGGACAGGGAAGAUCUCUGGCAUUCAGCUUUGGGGGCUGUCUGGGAUCCUACUUGUUGGUUAGGGGGGCAACACGAAAGAUAUCUGUGCCAAGUGACAGUGGCUCAAAAGGAAUUCUAUAAUGAGAAGAGUGUGUGCAGAGGUAAUAAAACUGAAAACUCUUCCAUUAAGGGUUCAAUGUGUAAUGCACCACAAAGCAUUCCUGUGAAAAUAAGACCUUGGAAUUGGAAUUCAUAUGAAAAAGAUUCUCAACACAAUUCUGAGUUAAUGAAAACUUCAAGAAUGUUUGUACAAAAGAAAAUAUUUGAAUGUGAUGAGUGUGGGAAACCCUUCAGCCAGAGUUCAUCCCUGCUUAAGCACCAGAGGAUUCACACUGGGGAGAAACCUUAUACAUGCAAUGUAUGUGACAAGCAUUUCAUUGAACGCUCCUCCCUCACUGUACAUCAAAGGACUCACACAGGAGAAAAACCCUACAAAUGUAAUGAGUGUGGGAAAGCCUUUAGUCAGAGUAUGAACCUUACUGUUCAUCAAAGAAUUCAUACUGGUGAAAAGUCCUAUGAAUGUGAUCAGUGUGAGAAAGCUUUCAUUAAGAAUUCAUCCCUUAUAGUCCACCAGAGGAUACAUACGGGAGAGAAACCCUAUCAGUGUAACGAAUGUGGGAAAUCCUUCAGUAGGAGUACAAACCUUACAAGACAUCAGAGGACUCACACGUGAGAAAAGUUUCCACCAACUCCUUCAUUUUGA